UCUCGGGGCGGCCGCAGCGCAGUUGCAGCAGCGGGUGGUGUCGGAGGGGCCUGCUCUGCGCGCCGGGGAGGGGGCGGGCGCCUCUUGUUACCGGGGCGGGGGGUGUUGAGGGAGCGUGUGUUGGGGUCUGCCCACCCCGGGGGUCUGGCGGAGUGGCUCUCUUGUGAGGCAGGCGGUGGUUGAGUGCUGUUUUACAGCCCCGCCAGGGUCCCUGAGGAGCAGCCAUGACACGCUGGGCCCGCCAGCAUGCAGCCUGCAGCCGGGGCGUCCUGGAGGCGACGCCCUGGGAGAAGAUGGCGGAUGGGGCCCCCAAGGGCAGCGCGAAGGCUGGGCCAGGCCAUGGCUCCCGCCCACUUUGCCUCCAGAGAGAUCCAGGGGGGAAGAAGAAAAAUAGGAAGAAGAAAGACUACGUGAACGAGGACGUCAAUGGGUUCCUGGAGCACAUGAGGCAGAGCGUGCAGGGCCGGCUGGUUUUGGCAGCCCACGACCCUGAGGUGGGGGCAGAAGUAGCAGUGGCCUUGAAGAAAGACCAGCGCCGGGAGGGGAGGCGGUUGAAGAGGCAAGAGAAGAAGAAACAUGCCAUGGUAUGUUUCCACUGUAGAAAGCCUGGCCAUGGCAUUGCAGAUUGCCCAGCAGCACUUGAAAAUCAGGAUAUGGGUACUGGAAUCUGUUAUCGGUGUGGAUCUACAGAGCAUGAAAUCAGCAAGUGUAAAGCAAAAAUAGACCCAGCUGUUGGGGAAUUUCCAUUUGCAAAAUGUUUUAUUUGUGGUGAGAUGGGACAUCUGUCAAGAUCGUGUCCAGAUAACCCUAAAGGACUGUAUGCUGAAGGAGGCUGCUGCAGGCUUUGUGGAUCAGUGGAACACUUUAAAAAAGACUGUCCAGAAAACCAGAACUCAGAUCAGGUAACAGUUGGCCGAUGGUCCCGAGGGAUGAGUGCAGACCACGAAGACAUUCUAGAAAGCCCUAAACCACAAAAGACAAAAGUAAAAGUGCCUAAAGUUGUUAACUUCUGAUACCUACUCUGAUGGAAUAAACCUCUUCUGAGUGGG